AUGACUCAAUCAAAUGCCAUGUCGAAACCAAAAAACAAACAGCCACCAGAAAUCAAAGAUAUUAGCAUGGGUGUAGAAGAAACACCAGGAAUUAAUAGGACUUUGAAACCCUCUCUAGUUGUGGUUGACGAACGUGAACAAUAUCAACCACCACAAGAUAUCAAUAAUGACAAAAAGGGACAACCAUAA